AUGAUUCACAUUAUUGGCAUGGAAAUAAUUCAAAUUCAUAUGAUUUUUAUGGUUCAACAUUCAUCUCAUACACUUUUACAACAAAAUGGUUUUACUCAACAAGUUUAUCUUAAAUAUAAACAAGAAUGUCUUGAUGAUUUUCGUGUUGAUGGUGCAUCAUUUCCACAACAAUUUUUUCCAACAAAAUCAAAUUAUACAUCCGAAGCAACUGGUGCUGCAGUAGCAAAGAACAGUGAUACAUCAAAUUCAUUAAAACCCAAUGAAGAAUUUAGUGUUUUAAGAAGAAUUGACAUCGGUUUAUCUAUUGUUGGUGGUGUGAUUAAUUCUAUACUUUAUAAUAUUGAUGGUGGUCAUCGAAAUGUUAUUUUUGAUCGUUUUCAAGGUGUUAAACUAGAUGUUAUUGAAGAAGGAACUCAUUUUAUGAUUUCAUGGCUUCAUAGACCAAUUAUAUUUGAUAUUCGUACACGACCACGAUCUGUUCCAUCAAUAACAGAAAUAAAAGAUUUACAAACAAUUAAUAUAACAUUACGUAUUCUUCAUCGACCAAGAGCUGAAAUUUACCAAAAAUUUUUUGCAAAUUUGGGUUUAGAUUAUGAAGAACGUGUUUUACCAUCGAUUAUUAAUGAAUCGCAAUUUGAUGCUAUUGAAUUGAUUACACAACGUACACUUAUUUCUCAAUGUGUUAGUGAAUUAUUAACAGAACAUGCUGCUCAAUUUGGUUUAUUACUUGAUGAUAUUUCAAUUACACAUUUAAGUUUUGGACCUGAAUUUACAAGUGCUGUUGAAUUAAAACAAACUGCACAACAAGAUGUUGAAAAACAACGAUUUUUAGUCGAAAAAACGGAACAAAGUCGUCAAGCAAAUGUUAUUGCAGCAGAAGGUGAUGCUCGUGCAGCUGAUUUGAUUGGCAAAGCUUUAGAUGAAGUUGGUGAUGAAAAAGAAGAUCAGAUCAACAAUUCUCUCGAUGAUAUUAAAGAUUCGAGUACGAUUGAAAUGAUGAAUUUCGACAAUCUCUUUCGAUGUUUUAUAUUAACUCAAUCAUUUGUACGUGGUUGGGGAAAUCCAUUUCAUUUACAAGAAAUUUUUACCUAUCGACGUGAAAAAAUUGGGAAACAAAAAGGUAAUCAAAAUUAUAUAAAUGCUCGAUUUCGUUCAUCACUUGCCAAUUAUUUACCACAUUUGGUUCCAUCUCAAGUAGCUAUAGCUCAUUUUCAACUUGUUCUAUCACGUGAUCAUGGUUUUAGUCGACGAAGGUUAUUUACUGCAUUCCCAUUAAUUAAUCAAUAUCCUAUAGAUUCAAUUCUUCUUGAAAAUCCAUAUUAUGGUUUAAGAAAACCGCCAAAUCAAUCUGGUUCAUCAUUAUUGUAUGUUACCAAUUUGUAUAUCAUGGGUGAAGUUCUUGUUUUAGAAACACUUAUGCUACUUCAUUGGUGUCAAAAAAUGAAAUUAACAUCAGCUAUUCUACAUGGUUUUUCUCUUGGUGGACAUAUGGCUUCACUAGCAUUUACAAAAUGGUCUGAUCCACCUUGUCGACAAUUCUAUAAAAAUAAAGCCUCUCAAACAUUUUAUGAUUAUUUACGUGAACGAAAUCGAUCAAUAGAUUCAAAUAAAAUUGUUCUCAAUCUUAUUAAAGAUAUGAUGCGUCUUCUUAUGGAUGAAUUUAUAUCUUUAUAUAAUUAUUCACGUUCAGUUCAACCAAAUAUAUCUGAUGCUAUGUUUAUAGUUUGUACACAUGAUGGUUACGUAUUACGUGAUGGUAUUCCACAUAUGAAUGAUGUAUGGCCUGGUAUUUAUAUUCGAUAUACUCCUCAUGGACAUGUUAGUGCAUUUUUAUUUAAUCAGUCAGAUUUUCAUCAUGCUGCUGCUAAAAUGUUACAACGACAAGAAUCAAAUGUAAAACUAAAAAAGCAUCUAAUCAUAUCACCAAUUUCUGUUACUAUUACUACACCUAAAAAUUCGUGA